AUGUCUCCACAGAGCAACUCUGGGCAGGGUUCUGGGUCUACCCUUGGCUCAACUACAAAAACACAAGACAAAGCUAACAAAGAAAUUGAUGAAACAAACCUCUAUGUUUGCUUCCUACCAGAAAACGUGGAUGACAACCGAUUAAUGGAGCUAUUCUCUCCAUUCGCUGCAGCAAUGGCACAUUUCAAUGGGUACAGAAUGGAUGGACAUAUGUUGUCAGUAAAAAUAGCUAGGAUGUAUGAGAAAGUAAAAAAUCCAAUUGAUGUGCGUUGUGACAAAUGUGGCCGGUACAACCAUCCCACAGAAACUUGUCGGGUAAUAGCAAUGUCUCCACAGAGCAACUCUAGGCUGGGUUCUGUGUCCAGCCUUGGCUCAACUACAAAAACACAUGAUAGACCUAGCAAAGAAAUUGAUAAAUCAAAUCUCUAUGUUUGCUAUCUACCAGGAAAUGUGGAUGACAACCGAUUAACAGAGUUGUUCUCUACAUUUGGUAAGAUUACUAAAGCAAGGGUUAUGAGGAAUCAAACCACAGGAAUUAGUAAAGGUUUUGGCUUUUUCAAAUUUGAAAAUCAAAGUGAUGCAGCUGCGGCAAUGACACAUUUCAAUGGGUACAAAAUGGAUGGACAUAUAUUGUUAGUAAAAACAGCUAGGAUGCAUGAGAAAGUACAAAAUCCAAUUGAUGUGCACUGUGACAAAAGUGGUAGCUACAACCAUCCCACAGAAACUUGCCAAGUAAUAACAAUGUCUCCACAGAGCAGCUCGGGGCAGGGUUCUGUGUCCAGCCUUGGCUCAACUAAAAAAGCACAAGACAGACCUAACAAAGUAAUUGAUAAUACAAAUCUCUAUGUUUGCUACCUACCAGAAAAUGUGGAUGACAACCGAUUAAUAGAGCUGUUCUCUCUAUUUGGAAUUAGUAAAGGCUUUGGCAUUGUCAAAUUUGAAAAUCAAAUUGAUACAGCUGCAGCAACUGCACAUUUGAAUGGGUACAGAAUGUAUGGACAUGCGUUGGCAGUAAGAAUAGCUGGGGCAGCACCAGAAUCCUUGUUGCCGAGCCAUCUUUCACCAUACCGAGGGCCUCCACCAGUUUUUCCAAAUGACACAGGCUAA